AACUCCAAUAAUAUAUCCAACAAGGAAUGCGAAGCUCAUAGAUCACGUGAAAACACUUUAUUUAGUAUUUAUUCUCUAAUAAACAUCCUCGCCUCAAGUAUCCAUCAGGGCCCUUUCUUAUUACGACCCUAUAUGGCAGCGCCAUAAUUCUAGUUGCCAUGGCUCACUCGCUCUCAAUCGAUGUUGACUGGACUGUACCUAGUUCCUCAGACAUGGCAUACAUCCAAGAAUGCUCUGCUGCCAUCCGUGGCGAAAAACUACCGAACGACCUAAGCUUGGAAGCUACGCGCCUUUGCAUAAUUCGGGGCAUCCGGUAUCACCCUGGAUUUGCUACCGAACUGUAUAGCUUAGGCGACCAGUAUCCAGAGCUCAUUCGAGCACUCAACGCUCGCAGCAUCAUGAGCAACAUUAUUCCCAACAUGAAAGAGGCGCAUGAAUUCCCUUACUGUAUCUGGCAUCCGAACGUCGCGAGCGAAUCCAUCUACCGCGAAUUGGCGCGGCGAUAUCCUCAGAUGCGGUAUCAGGCUGGCCGUGCCUGCGCAGUUGCCGGUUAUACAAGCUUGUUUCACGAGCUUGACCUCCUUCCUGAGGUCUCCAUUGCAGAGGAGGCCCGUGAUAAUCAAGAAAGUGGGAAGGCAAUAUUUGAUUCUAUAAUGGCAAGCAUGGUUAAAUAUGCUGUUCUGGAUGAUUACAAGCUCUCUGCAGAACUCGACUACCCUAAAGCUGGCGCUUGCUUGAAUGGUGACACAGCAGUGCGAUCAUCACUUGACGUGAAAAACCCGUUUGAGAGAGAUGGUACAUUUAGCCAAUCGCUUUGGUUGUGGAGAUGGAACUUAUACUUUGAUAUAACUGAGGAUGGCCACGUCGAUAACUACGAAAAAGAAGACCGACCUGCUCCUGAUCCACAUGUGGUGCAAUAUCUUUACACGCCUCUGCCAGUCGACCUACCAAAUAUCAACAAGGAUGUUCUGAUUCUCCAGGCUGCUUAUUCGGGAAAUGUCGAUAGGUACGCCCGCCUACGGCGACCACGGAUGCUCCGAGGUGAAUUCCAAUGUGUCAUGCGAGGUAUAUUUCACAACACUAUGUUUGCUAAGUGGUGGUCUCUUCAACCUGAAGUUACCCAUCAUCAACACCUUCGCCAAGCAAUUAAUGCCAGGUUUAUCAUGAAUAACGACUUGUCGCGUAUCACUGAUGACACACCUUACAGCGAUCUUCCAUACAACAUUUAUUAUCCAGCGCGCCCUGCUUGGAAAACCUUGGAGGAACUUGUUCGCCGCAAACCGUCCAUGGCACCACAAGUGGCUCGAGUUUGCAUUGCGGCAGAUAUGCAAGGUGUGUACGACGGCAUUAAAGCGGUUCCAGAUCAGUUCUUAGUGCGCGAAGCACGCGGAAGUCUUAAUAGACACUACCUUACAGACCUCCUACGCAGGGCCGCCGAGUUAGGCAUUGACGUAGAAGAAAAAUUAUCGCAUGGGGAAACUUGGAAGAUUCAUUUGUGGAAGUGGACAACUGAGGAAACACGCGACUGGUUAACUGAUUACAUUUCGUGGUUUAACAGGGAUUACACAACUGAAAUGGUGGGCGAUCAGCCAGGUGAAGGUAUUUACGAGGGUUUUGAUUGUAAUUUUGGACGUGUCAACCUCAAUGUUUGCAUUCACGACCUAACGCAGGAGAAGAUGCUUGGAACGGGAGGAACUGACAUUAGUCGUGAUUCAGUCGAGUAGUCUAUUCUAAACAGUAUGAUACAAACUCAAUC